UAUAUAACGCCAGCUGAAAAUUGUCCAACGGGGUGGUUUGCAACACGGCCUAUGUCUGGAUCUCCCAUCAACUGCAUUUAUAUAAGUCCCGAAGCGGACAAAAAAUCCUGGGAUGACGCAGCGUCUCAUUGCCUUGAAAGCUACAGCGCAAACUUGUUGAUGGUCGCGGACGCAGCUACAAAGGUGUUGGUCGAUGCCAAGGUUGCUAGCGAUGGUCUAUACAUGUACUGGACGGGCCUCAACGAUAGAAACCAAGAGGAGAGAUGCCAGAAAUGGCACUGGGCCGAUCACACGCCCGUAAAAACGUG